CCCGUCGGUGGCGCCAGUCGGUGUUCGCCCUUCCGCCAUGAAUGACGCGAACCGCGCGCGACCGCGGGCUCAUGAUGACGCGAAAAAUGCGCGAGUCCGUGUCCAGUGCUUCUUCGUCCCUUUCGCAUAAAAGCUCGCCGCCGUCGAGAAGUCCGGCAGCUGAGACUGCGUGCAAUAUAAAGUGGUAAAAUAUACAAAGUGGAAACGACUUGAGAGGUUUUUCGCACCGCAUGUGUUCCUUGGAUUGUCGUUGAGUGAAGAUUCGAGAAAAAUGUGCUUGUUGAAUUUGUUCUCUGCGCUUUAUGUUUUGUUUUCCUUCGCGUCCCUCCUUAUAUUCACAGUUGGUGUUCAGAUAACGGACCUGCGCGUGCCGGCGUUCGUGGAGAACGGUACGCGGCCGGGGGCGCUGCUGGACUGCGAGUACUCGCUGCGUCCGGACGAGCUGAACAAGGAGGCCGGCCUCGUGGUCAAGUGGUUCUUCAACAACAGCGCGGCCCCGGUCUACCAGUGGAUCCCGGGCAAGAAGCCGCAGGACCUCGGGAUCCUCAAGGGCCGCCUCCGGCUCGACUACGCCUCCUCCGAGCACCGCGCCACCAAGCAUCGCGCCCUCUACAUCCUCAACCCCACCACCGAGCUCUCCGGCGAGUACAAGUGCCAGGUCUCCACCUUCGACGACGAGGACUUCAUGGUCAAGAAAAUGCUCGUUUUCGCAACGGGGAAGCCUUUCGACUUAUCUCUUAACAAAUAUGGCAGCGAGUCUGUCAAUAUCUCAUGUAAAGCUCUUGGUGUCUACCCGGAGCCUAAAAUGACCCUCUUCACGGAGUCUGGGACGAAAACCAGAGCUCCCGUAAAAGGUGCCUCGGUAGAGACACUGGUGCGAGGCGCCGUGUACGACAUCAUGGCCUCGACGGUUCUACCGGAGGCAGAACUGACCACUUCGACUGUGAUAGUAUGUGAACUUAAAAUCCCCGCCACCAAUGUCACCAGGCGGCAGACUGUCUCCUAUAAUCCAGGGAGCAUGGAGAGUUUAUCAAGUUCAAGUGGGACACAUAAAGAGAUGCUGCACGUGAGGUAUCUCAUCGUGGGCUUCCUCGUGGCGCUGCUCUUGCGGGAGGCCGCUCCUGCUCCUUGCUGAAAUUGAAUGAACAAAGGAGCAACUGUACAACUCUCGAUUCGUCAAACCAGGCACUUGAAAAGUGACCUCUGCGGCUGUACAUAAACCAAAGUUUUUUCUUUUUUAUAAUAUAAAUAUUUAAUUAUGUACAUAAAAGUUAUGUUUACCAAGUUUGUAAAAAAUUGUUAAAUAUGUGAAUGCCAUAGUAUUAAAUAAGAAAUUAAAACCCCUUUUUUAUUAAACCUGCA